UCCGGGACAUAAACAAACCUCGCCUGGCUCUCGGCUUGGUCUCCGGAGUGCGCGCACGCCCAUCCUCGCGGUUCCUCUCUGUUCUCGCCUGGCACCGCCAGCCUCGCUCCAGCGCCUGUUGCCUCUCCCUCUCCCUUGGGCAGGUGACAGCAGGGACAUGUCUCGGGAGCUGCAGGACGUGGACCUGGCCGAGGUGAAGCCUUUGGUGGAGAAAGGGGAGACCAUCACCGGCCUCCUGCAGGAGUUUGAUGUUCAGGAGCAGGACAUCGAGACUCUGCAUGGCUCCAUCCACGUCACGCUGUGCGGGACCCCCAAGGGAAGCCGGCCCGUCAUCCUCACCUACCACGACAUUGGCAUGAACCACAAAACCUGCUACAACCCCCUCUUCAACUCUGAGGACAUGCAGGAGAUCACCCAGCACUUCGCCGUCUGCCACGUGGACGCCCCUGGCCAGCAGGACAGCGCGGCGUCCUUCCCCUUGGGGUACAUGUACCCGUCCAUGGAUCAGCUGGCCGAGAUGCUGCCGGGAGUCCUCCACCAGUUUGGGGUGAAGAGCGUCAUUGGCAUGGGGACCGGGGCUGGCGCCUACAUCCUCACUCGAUUUGCUCUGAACAACCCCGAGAUGGUGGAGGGCCUGGUGCUCAUCAACGUGAACCCCUGUGCCGAGGGCUGGAUGGACUGGGCGGCCUCCAAGAUCUCUGGAUGGACCCAGGCCCUUCCGGACAUGGUGGUGUCCCACCUCUUCGGGAAGGAGGAAAUGCAGAACAACGUGGAGGUGGUGCACACCUACCGCCAGCACAUCCUUAAUGACAUGAACCCGGGCAACCUGCACCUGUUCAUCAACGCCUACAACAGCCGGCGGGACCUGGAGAUCGAGCGGCCGAUGCCGGGAGUGCACACGGUCACCCUGCAGUGUCCUGUGUUGCUGGUGGUUGGGGACAGUUCUCCCGCCGUGGAUGCUGUGGUGGAGUGCAACUCAAAGCUGGACCCAACCAAGACCACCCUCCUCAAGAUGGCGGACUGUGGCGGCCUCCCGCAGAUCUCCCAGCCAGCCAAGCUCGCGGAGGCCUUCAAGUACUUCGUGCAGGGCAUGGGAUACAUGCCCUCUGCCAGCAUGACCCGCCUGAUGCGGUCCCGCACGGCCUCGGGCUCCAGUGUCACGUCCCUGGAGGGGUCCCGCAGCCGCUCCCACACCAGCGAGGGCACCCGCAGCCNCUCCCACACCACCGAGGAGAAGCAGGGGGUUAGGUGAGGUGAGAGGCUGCGC